UUCUAAUGUUUACUUCCGGACACAUGUCAAAGUUAUUUUCGUUUUGAUUACAGCUGGAUUUUUGUUGUUUUGCUUCAUGGCUGCUGAAGACAUCCAAGUUAGAAUUUGUCUCCAAGAAAUAGUAAAGUUAGAUUUAGAGAUCAAAGCUUGUAUUCAGGAUAUACGAACACAAGCAGAUUCCAGGGAAGCAUUAGAAGAAAUAAAUACAGAAAUAAGGGGUAAACUUCGUAAACUACGCAAGAAGAUCGAGGAUCUAGAAAGACUUGCUAAUGAACAAGACAGAGAAGAGGAUAGAAUAACCUUAUUACAUGAUGUUGGAAACCACAAACAACAACUUACUAAUACUGUAUCAACACUCAGGCAGUCGAACUUGUCAGCUCAACUUGCAAUUGAUCGAUCAGAAAAAGACCAGCUUUUAAACGGAGGCACAGGACUACGGAAAAGAGGUGGUAAUAGUAAGGAAGGACUGGCUAAAGUGGCUUCUGAUAUUACAGAAAAUUUAAUGGCUCUGAAUCGAAAGAUUGCUGACCAAGUUAAACAAAGUGAAAGUACAAAAUCUACAUUGUUGAAGUCUUCAACAACAAUCACCAGUACACAAGAAGAGAUGAAAUCUAUGGGAGGUCACAUAAAGAAUUCACAGAGACUUAUAACUAAAUAUUCUAGAAGACAAUUUACAGACAAACUACUUAUUUUCUUAGCAUUAGUGUUUUUCUUUGUGACAGUACUAUAUAUAAUGAAGAAGAGAAUAUGGUAGUGUCCAUAGUGUAUUUAUUUAAUAAAUUGUUUUUAAUUUUGAAUGUUUAUAUGAAGAUGUCCAUUCAAGGUUAAAUGUAUAACUUAUAAACAUUUUCUGAAAUUGAAAAUAAAGUUUGGUUGUGAAUGGAUAGCUAUCGAUGAUAGAAUUAACGGUGAACUUUUUGGUUUAAUGAACGCAAUAUGUAAGUUCACUGUUGAGAUUUAAUAAAGUGUUCAGGAGUACUUCUCUUGAAUUAAUUAAACAGAAAGAUAAAUUCAUAGUUAGAAUUGAUAUUUGAACUUCCUAUAUGAUCUGAAUAUACUGUAUAUGGUUUCAAUAUGAUCUGAAUAUACUGUAUAUGGUUUCAAUAUGAUCUGAAUAUACUGUAUAUGGUUUCAAUAUGAUCUGAAUAUACUGUAUAUGGUUUCAAUAUGAUCUGAAUAUACUGUAUAUGGUUUCAAAUCACUUAUUCUACUAUCAUUAGUUGACAAAUACACCACAUAUUAUUAGUGUACUCCUACCGAUUCCUUUGUUUAUAAUUAUUACACCUGCUGAUUGUUAUGAAAAAUACAUUCUUUAAUCUCUAAAGAAAACUCUAAGUAUGCACCAAAUGUUUGCAGUCUGGUAAGGGACAACAUCAAAAGUUCAAUGUAGGAUAAAAAACUUAAUUCACAUAGUUUUUCAGCUGACCCCCUACCCCCUUCUUAACUUAAUUUGGGAAAAAAUGAUUUGCCUAUAUGGAUAUAUGUAAAAUCUAUUUUAGAUUACCAAAACUUGCAGCAAUGUUGACCCCCCAUCCCCACCCCCAAACUAUUUGAUUUAAGUUUUUUAUCCUACAUCGAUCUUUUGAUGUUGUCCCAAAUUCAGUUAAUGAGGUAUUAUUGACUUAAACAGGUAAGGAAAAAUUUUAUAGUGUUCUUUUAUACAAAUGCAUUACUUAUAAAAUUUCAUUCCAUUAAUUUUGCCAUGCUGAAAGCUGUUAAACAUGUUUUACAUACAUAUAA